AUGCCACAUCAGAUAGCGAACACCAUGGCGGCCGAGCCGAGCUUGCGUGCCAAAUGCGUCGCUGAGUUUGUCGGCACCUUCAUGCUCAUCUUCACAGUAGUAUGCAAUUUAGCAACUGGAUCUCCGCUGUUUGGUGGCUUCUCCAUCGGCACCGUCCUGUUCGUCAUGAUCCAGUCUUUCGGAAAAGUCUCCGGCGGAAACUUUAACCCGGCGGUUUCGGUGGCUCUGGGCUGCACCAAAACACUGGGUGGACCUGGAAUGGAGUGGGGACAGGUGAUGAUCUACUGUCUCGUUCAGAUAGUGGCUGGCAUCGCUGCGGCGCUUGCUUCCACCAUCCUGUGUGGCAAGUCUUUCCCAGUGGCCGCCACUCCCGGGUACUCGACAUUGUCAGCCGGUGUCUGCGAGUAUUUCUACACAUUCAUGCUCACUUUCGUGGUGCUGAAUGUCGCUGCUGCCAAGAAAAACGUCGAGGAGAAGGGUCAGUAUUAUGGCUUGGCCAUUGGCUUCACCGUCAUCGCUGGUGCAUACGGAGGAGGCUUCAUUUCCGGUGGCUGUUUCAAUCCUGCUGUCGCCCUCGCGCUGGACAUCACUA